AUGCAGGUGCACGCGCCAGGCUCACCAGCGCGCCUUCGAUGCCCGGCAACCCUGCAGCGAAAAUGCCUGCACAUGUCCAGUCACCCCUGCAUGCCGAAGCUGCCACUUCGAAUUUCUCCAGUUCCUUUGCGGUGCAGACUCCGAAAGUUGGUGGCUGUCCAUGGCUCGCGGGGGAGGUUGGAUGCACCAGAAAGGUCUUCCGUCGAUGUUGGAGAGUCACUGGAGGGCGAUGUGGAUGGUCCCGAACCGCCAGAAAGUGGGAAUUCUGCCAAUGGAGCUAAUGGAACCUGGGCAUAUGACGAUGAUGCAUAUACUGCCCCAGACAAGAUUGACGCCAAUCCUGCAGAGGGUCUACUGGCCUUGUUGGGUGAAAAGUUGUCCUCAUUUGAGCUUCCAUUCAACUAUUUCAUUCCGUUUCUCAUCAUGGGGUUGGUCGCAUCAGUCAUUGGUGUCGCCCAGUCGUUUGUGGCCAACCCCACAUUGGAUGCAUUCUCUCCAGACCAGCUGCUGCACUUUCAACUUCCAGUUCAAACAGCAGUGUUCCUAGCUGUCUUUCUACAGGCAGUGGCUGGCUGGGGCUUUGCCCUUGGGGCAAUUACAGGGGUGGCGCUGUUGGGCCCAGGGCUCACAGUGAAGGAUGCCCAGGCCUUUGUUGCGGUCAUCGCUGUUGCUGUGGAUGGUGGCAUGUUUCUGCCUUACUUGCAGACCAAAUCUCUGGACAGAAAGGUUGUGGACCCUUGGGUGGUGGGGGCCACUCUUGGAACACCUCUUGGAGUCCUGGCCUUGCGGUAUGUGGAUGAACAGGAGGCGCUGUUUGCUCUGGGAUUGACCACUCUUGCCUAUUGCACAUAUUCAGCAUACAACAUCAUCGAGUGCUACUACAGUGCUGGAAUGGGGAGGAACAAUAAUAAAGAGGCAACGAACCCUGAUGCUUGCAAGCUGCCGCCAGAUAGAUACCCUGCGCUUGGAACUUGGUUGUCUGGGGCUUUUGCGGGUGUCCUGGGAGGGGCGUUUGAUGCUCCAGGGCCACCUCUGGUUGUUUUUGCAGACUUGACGGGGAUGGCAAACGUGCCAGAUCUCAUGAAGGCAAACCUACUUGCGUUCUUUGCUCUGGAUUCACAGCUGGUUGCGGUAUCUGAUCUUUUGGACGACCGCUUCAUGGAACCGUUUAUAUGGCCAUCGGCACUCCUUGCCAUGCCAACAGCAAUAGUUGCCAAUGCCAUUGGCAAGCUGUGUUCUAAACAUAUUGAUCAAGAGAAAUUUAGAUGGGUUGUGCUGGCCCUCCUUGCGGGCUGUGGACUGCAUCAGAUGAGGAUUAUUUAA